AGGGAGGAGGCGGCGGCGGCGGCGGGGAAGGACCGGCCCGUUGCCGUGGUUGCCUCAGCGGCGGCCGAGGGACGACCAGGAAAACGGCGGCGGCGGGAGGGAGCGGAUGCUGACAGGACGGUGGUGUUGGCGCUCCCGGUAAUGGCGGCGGGCCUGUAGCGCGGCUCCCACCCUCCGCGCCACCCUCCGCCCGCCCGGCAUGGCGGAUUUCGACGAGAUCUACGAGGAGGAGGAGGACGAGGAGCGGGCCCUGGAGGAGCAGCUGCUCAAGUAUUCCCCCGACCCGGUCGUCGUCCGCGGAUCCGGACACGUCACUGUGUUUGGACUGAGCAACAAAUUUGAAGCUGAAUUCCCUUCGUCGUUAACUGGAAAAGUUGCCCCAGAGGAGUUUAAAGCCAGUAUCAACAGAGUGAACAGCUGUCUUAAGAAGAACCUCCCCGUGAACGUGCGCUGGCUACUUUGUGGCUGCCUUUGUUGCUGCUGUACGUUGGGUUGCAGUAUGUGGCCGGUCAUUUGCCUCAGUAAAAGAACACGAAGAUCGAUUGAGAAGUUAUUAGAAUGGGAAAACAAUCGGUUAUACCACAAGCUGUGCUUGCACUGGAAGCUGAGCAAAAGGAAAUGUGAAACGAAUAACAUGAUGGAAUAUGUCAUCCUCAUAGAAUUCUUACCAAAGACACCGAUUUUCCGACCCGAUUAGCAUUGUGCGUUUUUAUUUAUAGAGACUUACCCAAGUACAUUGUCUUUCCAACGGUGCCUUGCGUGGUGCUCUCCUGGUGGUGGCAUAGCAUUCGCCCUCCAGAAUGUCGUGGCCUGGGCUUUGGGGUUUGUAACCGCAUGUUCCCAGUGUGCGUCUGUGUCCGACUUUGCGACCGUUCUAUCAUACGUGUGUUAAAUACUUAAGUUAUUGUGCUUUCUUUCUGUCGGGGGAUCCGCAUUUGUUUGCAGAAAAGAAAAAACAACCCCCCCCCCUUUUUUUUCCUUUGUCACGCCUUUGAGCAAAUACAUCUGAACGUAGCCUCAAAAUGGCCAGGCCUUUUGAUUUGAAAACUGAUACACAUAAUCUCAUUCUGUAGCUCCCUCUGACCUAGAACAAAGUGGCUUCCCACUCCUCGUCACCUUUCCAGGCACUUCAGUUUGCUGCUUCUAAAAUGUCACCUGGACGUCAUACCCGCUACCAUCUUUUUGAACUUUCCCCUUCGCCCCCUUUCAGGUCCUUGAGUAUUACCUGUAUUCACUCCCGAACGAGCCCUUCCUGGCUUCGGUUCUCUCUUUGGUUUUAAGAAAGAAGACGGUGAAGUAUUGUAUUUAGAAUAGAAGACCCAGUAAAAGAUUUGCAUGCAGCUAAUGGUUUUUAGAGUUCAGAGUCACAAAAGCAUCAUAGCACCACAUCUUUGUUUUCCAAGGCGACGUCAUGAAUAAUGGCCUUACUUGCAUUACUCUUUAUCGUUUACGAAACCUCCUACGUAAAGGUGCAGAGAGAUUCUUUUGCCUCAUCGUUUGUCCGAGGACAACUUGUUUUUUCUGUCGUUCCAAAAAUCUUUAUUUUGUCGUAGAAAAAACAAAAAACGAACAAAACCCUACGGCAGUGACAUUCUGGGUGCAAAUGUAGACAAGUCCAGCGUGCCAGAGACGCCGAGAACCCGAACGCUCCGGGCCCGGUCGGCCUGGGGGAGGGAGGUGUGAUGGGCUGCAAAGCCCAGCCUCAAAUCCCCACUGCCUCUCCCCUCCCGCCGGUGCACAGAACAACAGGAGGGUGCUGAGGGGAGGGGGCAUCCCCGGGAUCUGGGCUCGUAACCUCUCUCUCCCUCCGUCCCCCCCAUCUCUCCAACUCGGAGAGAGCUACCCAAGGCUCCAGAGUUUCACCCCGAUUGGCACGGGAGCCCCACAGAGAAUGAUGAUUCGACCGGUAGACCUCCAGGUGCUAUAGAUGGAUCUGGUCUUUGCCCGUGGGGUCAGCUGGUUCGGUCUCUGCCGCUGCCGACCCGUUAAGAAAGACCGGACGAGACCUGUUUGUUAGUUUCAGGCCAGUGAUGUCAUUGUAGUUCCUUUUCUGUUGGUUGUAUAUACCUUCUUGCAUUUUUAAAAGUUUCUCUAUCUCUCUUUCUCUCCCUCCCUUUUUUUUUUAAAAAAUAACCAAGUGGUGUAUGUGUAAUUUUUUUUUAUAAGCCUGGAAUUAUAUGAAUUUUACUGUCUGUUCAGAAACUGUUCCAAACAGCUGUGGUAUCGAGCAAUAAUGUGAAUAACUUUGGAAAAACUAUAUACUCUGCCUAAUGAUUUGUAUUGAGUUGGUACCACUACAGAAUCCCUUCUUCCUUUUAUUAAACCUUUUAAAUACCA